AGCGGCUGACUGUCACUGUUGAGACACAGUCUUCGCUUGAUCGUCGGGCAAACAAGUUGAACAGAGCAAACAUGAAGGUUUUCGUUGCCAUCUGCGUGCUGAUCGGUCUGGCCUCCGCUGACUAUGUGGUGAGGAACCGGAACGACAUGCUGAAAUAUCGCGAGGAGUGCGUCAAGGAGCUGGGCAUUCCCGCGGAUGUGGUGGAGAAGUACCAGAAGUUCGAGUACCCCAACGAACCCCAGACCCAGUGCUACCUCAAGUGCGUCUUCACCAAGUGGGAGCUGUUCGACGUCCAGACCGGCUUCAAUGUGGAGAACGUCCACCAGCAGCUGGUGGGCAACCAUGCCGACCACAACGAGGCCUUCCACGCCUCCCUUGCCGCCUGUGUGGACAAGAACGAGCAGGGAUCCAAUGCCUGCGAGUGGGCCUACCGCGGAGCCACCUGCCUGCUGCGGGAGAACGCCGCCCUGGUCCAGAAGAGCCUGGCCCCCAAGGCUUAGUAUGCUCCACUUGGACAACUGUACUGAUAGCCAUUAAUUAAGUUAAUAAAGUAAUCGAUUACUGACAA